UGGGGCUCGGUUCGCUGCCGCUCCGCAGAGGGGGCCUGGGCGCAGCAGCCCGCGGCGCGCCCCCGCUCACCGCGCCGUGCCCCGGCCCGCCCUGCUCCGCGGCGUGGCUCCACUCCGCCCCCUCCGCCUCUUCUCUCCUCCCCCUCCCUGCAGCUGGCGAGCCGGCCCGGGAGCGCGGCCGGGGCUGCCGGCACGUCGCUGACACUCACGCCGAGGUGGCAUGAAACGUCCUGCUUGUAAACGUAUACAUAAGGAAUGCUCUGGGUACACCUUGAUAAGUUACUUUGGCCUCAACAUCCAUUGCCUCUUGUAAAAACCUAAAUGGCAGCUCAGAAAAGGAAGUCUGUGUUAGUAGAGCCUUCUGCUAAACGUCCCAAGCUGGACAAGAACUGCAAACAGUCAUCGGUGAAGAAGGAGAGAGAGGUGUCAGACACAAAACAUGUCUCAAGUAAAUCAAAGCCUAAUCAGUGUGCAGUGCAGGAGAAAACUGUACUCAAAACCUCUGUCAAAUCAAACAGUGACAGCAGCAGCAAAGCUGAGCUGGGACCGCGCAUGACCACGAGGUCAGCAGCGUUCAACCUGAAUAACAAACCGAUCCUCGACAGAAAGGUCCAGCAGCAGCCCAAAUCCACAAAAGCUAAGGAGGUGUGCCAGAAACCACCUGUGCAAGGAGCUCCUCAGUCACAAUGCACAAUUGUGCCAAAGGAGCCGGUAACGAGGAGAUCGCAGCGGCUGCAGCAGGUAACAGGUACUGGUGUCCAGGCACCAGCCAGAUCCCUGCGCAGCAGAGAGCUCACAGAGGAAAAGGCUUUGGAAGUUAAACAAAGUAGCACUGCAAAAAGACACUCUCACAGUGUGGCAGCAAAAGUGGUUAAAUCUGCUGGAGAGAAAACAGAACAGAAGAACACAAGAACAAAGCCAAACAGUACAAACGAGGACAAAGAAACACCUGCAGAGGUGCCCAGCUCUCUGAAAGAGAAAAGAUGUAAAGCAGAGAGUAAAAGUCAUAAUUCCAAUGGCUUUCAGCACAGCCCUCAAGGGUCAUCGUGUCCUGAUGGCAGUCUUGAGGAAGUUAAAAAGGACCAAAUGGACCCUGCAUCUCCUAUUCCUAGCAAUGCAAAGAGAGUGGAAAUAGAUCCUCUUAAGCCAAAUUCCAAGACAGUAACUAAGGAAAAGCAACAAACGCAUCAGAACGUCAAAGCCAGCACAAAGCCAAAAAAGACUGCACCGCCGUCUGCGGGUGACACGGACGUGGCUGCUCAGGCAGAGGGCCAUGGGAGAGCCAAAAGGGUGAGCAUCCUGGAGCUGUGUGAGGAAAUCGCAGGCGAGAUCGAGUCGGAUACAGUGGAGGUGAAAAAGGAUUCUCCUGCUGCUGAGCACAGUAAAGCAGAAGAGAAGCCUGCUGAGAGCCAGCCUCAGCAGAGUGAAAUGCUCCCUCCAAAGGAACCUGCUCAAAGCACUCAAUGCAAGCGCUUUUUCCCUAGCAAAAAAGGGAUGCCUGUCAAAUGCACUCUGAACGGUAGGAGUAACAUCUCAAACAAGAACUCCAAGUGGACCAAAAUUAAGUUACUGAAAGCUAGCAACAUGAAGCAGAGUAGCUUAAAUUCUGCAAAUGCCCCCAAGCUCUUCCUGUUAAAAGAUGACCCUGAGGUUUCAGAGGCAAGUCCAGCAGGCACAGAAGCAGAGCUGUCGAAGGCACAUGGCAAGCUGUCAGCAACAGGACUCUCUGAGGAUGAAAGUGUAGUGUGUGUGCAGGAUCCUUCGUCUGACAGAGCUGGACCUCAAAAAGUGACAUUAGAACUGAAACAGCCCUCCAAGAGAGGUGCAGAAAAUGGUUUGUUGCCUCAUUUGACAAAACGUGUCUGUGAGCCAAGAGCAGAUGAGAACUUUCGGUUACAUUUGGAAUCAAGUCCAGAAAGUUCUCCAGUGAAGUAUGUCACAGCUCCUAAACCACCAAAACAAGUCAAAAAAGAACCUGGAGAAAGUGAACCUCAAGGUUUGGCUCCCAAGCAGCUGAUGCAAACUUCAUGUACAGAUCAAACUUCUGAAAGUGAGAACAGGGUUCCACUGUCAAAUCCUUCCUUGGCAUCCAAAUGCAGUAACAGCCUACCAUCUGAGGAACAUAUUCAGAAGCUAAAAGAAGCAGGAAAAGAUGGUGAUAAGCAGCUGAUCAUAGAUGCAGGACAGAAGAGGUUUGGUGCUGUUUCCUGUAACAUUUGUGGGAUGCUUUACACGGCGUCAAACCCAGAGGACGAAACUCAGCAUUUGCUGUUUCAUAACCAGUUCAUAAGUGCUGUCAGAUACGUGGGUUGGAAAAAGGAGAGGAUUUUGGCGGAGUAUCCCGAUGGAAAGAUAAUCAUGGUCCUGCCUGAUGACCCCAAGUAUGCACUUAAAAAGGUGGAAGAAAUCAGAGAAAUGGUGGACAAUGACUUGGGGUUCCAGCAGGCUCCACUCAUGUGUUACUCCAGAACCAAAACUCUCCUCUUUAUUUCUAAUGACAAAAAGGUUAUCGGCUGCUUGAUUGCAGAGCACAUCCAGUGGGGCUACAGAGUUAUAGAAGAGAAGGUUCCAGAAGUCAGCUCAGAGAAUGAGAAGGUGAUAUUUGAGAGGCAGAAGGCAUGGUGCUGCUCCACCUCCCCAGAGCCUGCCAUCUGUGGCAUCAGCCGCAUCUGGGUCUUCAGCAUGAUGCGGCGCAGGAAGGUUGCCUCCCGCAUGAUCGAGUGUCUCAGGAGCAACUUCAUCUAUGGCUCGUACCUGAGCAAGGAGGAGAUUGCCUUCUCCGACCCCACUCCCGACGGGAAGCUCUUCGCCACCCAGUACUGCGGCACCAGCCAGUUCCUGGUCUACAACUUCCUCAACGGCCAGCACCAGGCUUAGCUGCUCCCCGGGGGGAGCUCUGCCGCAGGCGCCGGGGUGCAGCCCUGCCGCAGGAGCCAGGGCGGCUUCAGCAGCGCGAACUCAGGACUGGCAACCCACAGGUUGUGCUAUUUUGUUAGAACUGUAACCAAUGCAGCCGAGGCUGACUCCUGGUUUUUUAAAGAAAGCUAUUUUGUUAACUUUUGCAGAAGUUUGAUUGUAUUUUAUCUAGUUAGUCAUGUUUACAUGCAGCAGGAAACUGUUCCUAGUGGACUGUAAGCUAAUGCAAAGACUCUGCUCUCCCUGACCAGUCCAGGCUGAAGUUCCUAACAUGGUGAUGUGCUCCUGGCACUGACCUGGCAUCUUGCCCCUGGUGCCAGCGGCAGGGCGAAGCUGGGCAGGGCUGCUGAGGCUGUGCUCAGCUGCAUCCAGGCAAGAAGCUGAGGGUGCAGCUGUUGGGGCUGGCCCCCCUCACAGCCCUGCACUGGCUGCUGGGCUGCAUUCUGUGCACCAUGGGACACUUGUGCCACCCCCUGUCCCCUUCCCAGCAGAAUAUGGGAUGCAGACCCCAAGGCCUGUGCUGAGUGUGCACCUUUGUUAGGGGACUUCACUUUGGUACUUGUCACUCCUUUCAAAAUCUCUUUUAAAGGGUUUGUAUGUUGAAAAAACUGCUGUGGCCUUUCUUGACCUGUACAUACUGUAGAUAGUUUAAAAUAAAAUACUUGAUAGCUUUUCUAAAGUUA